AAGCUUCGUUGUCGAAUUAUGCUUACUUGGAAUGCCAUUCAGAAGAGUCCGUAGCAAAACUUGUUCACCGAGUGUUGCUACUCUACUUAGUAGUUAGCUCUGCACUAGAACGCUAGCUAUUGCAUUGGUAGCUGCAAGAGUGAGAAGCGAGCUGCAAUCAUGGUCGAUCAUUACCCACUAUUUGAGUUUCCCUGCAUGAUUACAAUGCAGCAAAAUUAUUCAUCAUGCAAUGAGCUAGCUAGUAGUUUUAUGUUAUGUAGCUUUGGCACCUCCACCGAGGCAUCAGCAGUGCUUUCAUUUAUCAAGCUAUAAGAUAAUACUCUAGAUCUAUUAAAAUAAAGAAUGCUGCCAGCUGCUAGGGGAAUUAGACCAGUGUUGUCUAAGGCCUUAAAAUUCCUGUUCUACUCUGCUAGCACUGAUCCAGAAAUUACCAGGUUUGUGGAUUUUGACUCCCCUCAAAAAGCUACAGCGGGGAAAUCACACUAUGAACUGUUUCGCGGAUGGCUGGUAUUCAACCUGUUAAACAACAACCAUCUGGUCGAUAACAGCCUCAAGUAUUUUGAGCUCUCCAAGAAGUUCCUCGGUCUCAGUGCCACAGAGCGUCUGCUCAAAGCAACUGUGUUUGGUCAGUUUGCAGGUGGCCUAAAUGAGAGGGAGUGCCGGAGGGUUGUGAGGAAGCUAGCAGACGCUGGUGUCUCUUCAAUAUGGAACUACUCCACUGAGAAAGAUCUAGACGAUGUAGAUGAGGUACGAACAGAGGCCUGUCUCGCUAAGCAGGAUAAAGGAUUUCAAGAGGUGACCAACAAAUAUCUCAAGUGCAUCAAAAUGUCAGCUGACUGCAACGGUGAUCGAGGGUUGAGACUGGCUGCUGUCAAGUUCACUCCAAUUGUUAACCCACAACUAGCGAUGAAACUGAACGGGAUGUUAGUGGUAUCACAGUCUGUGUUUGAUCAGCUGGCUUCCAAGGAUGCAGUUCUCACAGACAGAACCAUCUCCAUGGAUACACUGAGAAAGGAGUUACCUGCACUGUUGGAGCGAGGCUGUUUGGAGGCUGACUCCGGGGGAGUGAGUGCUGUCCAGUGGAACCAACACUUCAGCAUAGCUGGGAACAUUAACAGGUUUCGACUGCUCAAAAAGAAGGCCAGUGUGUCUCCAGAUGUACUCUCACUCUCUUCUCUGGAGAUGAAGCAAAUCAAUGGUUUCUUGGACAAGCUCGAUUCCAUUGGAAAAUGUGCACGAGACCACGGAGUGAGAGUUCUAGUGGACGCUGAACAGACGUACUUUCAACGACUGUUUGAUCACCUGGUGCUGCAUCACCUCACCCCCGGCUACAACUCAGAGGGGGUGGUCAUAUACAACACGCUACAGGCUUAUCUCAAGAGCUCCAUGGAAACACUGAUGAUGUCACUAGCUACUGCAGCCAGCUACGGUGUGCACUGUGGUAUAAAACUGGUACGAGGUGCGUACAUGAAGCAAGAAAGACAGCUGGCAAGGUCUAAAGGUCACUCCGAAACUGUCCUCCCUACGAAACAAGCCACUGACGAUAACUACAACUCUUGUCUAAGCCACCUCUUAGAGCAAGUCCCGAACCUUGACCUCUCCGUUAUAGUAGGAUCACACAAUCAGGACUCUAUACAACUUGCAAUCAAUAAAAUGAAUGAGUUUAAAUUAUCUAAAACUGACGGCCGUGUUGCGUUUGGACAGCUGCUUGGUAUGGGAGAUCACUUGACCUACCCCCUGGCCAGUGCCGGGUACUUGGUGAACAAAGUGAUAGCGUACGGAACUUUGGACGAUGUUGUUCCUUUCUUAUCGCGAAGGGCACAAGAGAACAGGUCACUCAUGGCCAAUGCUGACAGAGAGAGGGAGAUUUAUAAACUGGAACUGAAGAGACGGUUCAGCAGUAAUUGAGCAUCUGUGUGCGUAUAGUAAUUAUCAUCUAUCAUUAUAAUGAACUCUUGAUUAUAAUUAUCACCAUAGAUACUAGUAUCAAUGUUAUCACAAUCAUUUUUUGUACUUUUAUUUUUCUAUAUGCUGAAUUCAAUGUUAUGUACACAAUC